CCUACAAAAAACCCCAGGUGGAGAACGUUCCCACGCAAAAGUCACUAACGCCCACGUCACCACCACAACCACCGCGAGGACCUCAAAUCCCACAGAUCGCUUCAAUGACACCGCCAACCAUGCCCACCCCUACGCCGGACGCCCCCCGUCCGCGGCCACAGCUCCUCCGCUGGCCUUCAGGCUGGACGCCAGCCUCCGAACUCCUCCUGAGGCUGUCGCGGAGGGAUAAUGAGACGAGGAGGGAGACGGAGAAUGAGACGGAGAAUGGGACGGAGAAUGAGACGGAGAGGGAAGCUCACAACAAUGGACGGUCGCCACUAUUAUCGGCUGCAUACUAUGAGGAUGAGGAUAGCGUACCCUCGCCCAUGUACACCGUCUCCGUCGAGCCCCCAAUCGCGGCGACCACAACAGCAUCACCAGCAACCACCGCAUUAUCACCACCACCUGCCACAACAACAACAACCACCGCCACCACUACCACCACCACCACCUCCCCCCUGUCCUCCCUCGUCCGCGCCCACGUAACGAUCCUCCGCCUCCUCGUCUCCUCCGCCCUCCUUUUCGCCCUCAUCCCCGUCCUCGCCCUCCUCGCCGCCGUCGUCCCCGCUCCCGCUCCCGCAAUCCUCACCAUCAUAUCCUCCUGCGCAAUCUUUCCCGCUGCUACAUUUACACUCAUUCUUGCGGUGAGGAGGAUGAGGAGGGAGGAGGGGAGGGUUAGGUGGGCCGCGGGGCAGUUGGAGAUGGGCGGUGCGGGGGAUGUGAGAGCGAGAGCGGGGUUGGAGAGGUUGUUGGGGCUAGCGUUGCCGGAGUAUGCCGAUAUUGAGCCGUUGCCGCCGUAUGACCCGAAGCCUGCUAUCGCACCUGAGACGCCGGCGGUGGUGGUCUGCGAACUUCCGGAUGUGCCACAGGUGGCUCAGAGCGCCGAUAACGUGUAGAGCGCCGAUAACGUAUGAUUGGCACUCGCGCGGAGUAGUGUAUAAUUUGUAUUAUCUGUCUUCCUUGUGGGUGGCCUCUAGACGGCGUUGAGUAUCUUACUGAAACCUCUAUAUAGAAACCUGAUACCCCUCAACCUUUCUUUUCUGGAUCUUCCCAUCAUAUACCCCAAUAAUCGAAACUUC